CUGAAUUUCACAUGAAAUGUUGCUGGAAUACGUAAUGAUGCUGCUUGUGUUCGGAUUAACCACAACCGUUGAGCGUAGCCACAUCGAAGCGCUGGCAUUUCAGGGUACAACGAGACAUCCGCCACAUCAUCAUUACACGCCGCCACCGUCAACUGUUCACCACCUACCACAGCAAAUUUUAGAAUCAAUGUCACUAGCAGCCCAGCUGCCAUCCUCCUCAUCGCUCUCGUCGUCAGCGUUAUCAUCAUCAUCAUCGGCAUCCACAUCGUUGGCAUCAUACUCACAGCUUGAACUCUCCAACGCUAUUGUGGAGAGUUUCGAAGGUGUCGGAAGUAGCAGUGAACCGCAAUUUGAGAAUACCACCGAACGCGAAGUGAUUGCAGCUGUCGGCACAACAGCUCGGUUGCAUUGUCGUGUGCGGAAUCUUGGCGAUCGCGCCGUCUCGUGGAUACGUAAACGCGAUCUGCACAUUCUCACCAUCGGCAUUAUGACGUAUACGAAUGACCAGCGUUUUUUGGCGCGACACAUUGACAACUCGGACGAGUGGGUGUUGAAGGUGGUGUCGGUGCAGCCGCGUGAUGCUGGCAUUUAUGAGUGUCAGGUGUCGACAGAGCCGAAAAUCAGUCAAGCGUACAAGCUGAUGGUUGUGACAUCAAAAGCGCAAAUCCUCUCGAAUCGCGAACUCUUUAUACAAAGUGGCAGCGACAUUAAUUUGACGUGCAUCGCACCGCAAGCGCCCGGGCCCUACACGCAUAUGAUGUGGUACAAGGACAGCGAAUUAAUUAACGAUUCAACGCGCGGCGGCAUACGCGUCGUAUCGGAGCAGCAGAUGAAGAUGAGCAAUUUGGUGAUAUCGCGCGUGCUGCACCGGGAUUCGGGGAAUUACACAUGCUCGGCAGAUAAUUCAAAUUCCGACAGCGUAUUUGUGCAUAUCAUCAAGAGUGAGCAGCAUGCGGCCAUGCAACAUGAACUUGCCACACGCAUGCAGACGCCGCGCCUGCUGCUGGUACUACUGACGUUUUUCUAUUUAUUCGAAUGUUCAACCAAAUGAGAGCGGCCAUUGCGAACACAAAUGCUGAAGCGCUAAGAAUCACUGUAAUUUAAGAUAAGAAAUUAGCAACAAAAACACAAUAAAACAAUUACAUUUAUGGAGCAAAAAAUUAAGUCAUAGAAAUAUUAGAAAUAAAUUUUACAUUAGCAACAGCAUAGCUGUUCAUUGCGCCUUUGCCGUUGAGAAGCCAACGAGGAGGUGAGGAGGUUCGCAUUUGAAGACAGCUACUUCACCCCCUUAGUCAGCGCCAUGUACGCCUUCGGGUUCUUGUAAAAAAAUAAAAAAAUCCAAAAACAACUACGCAACUGUGUUCGAUUGUUCGGCGAAGGAAUGGCGUAUGUGCUGCCGCUGCCGCUGCUGCUGCUGCUGCUCAAUUUUUGCAACUUUGCAUGCACAAGAGACUUGAUAAUUGUUAGAUUUCCUGGUAAAAUAUUA